AGAGAUGGACACCAGCAGGAAGCCCCAGCUGCUCGUGCUCCUGGUCCUCCUCAGCCUGCUCUUCUCGCAGACGUUGGCGUGGCCUCUCUUCGGAGCCCCUUCCGCCUUGAGGUUGGGUGACAGAAUACCCUAUGAAGGAGCAAAUGAACCUGAUCCAGCUUCAUUAAAAGCAGACACUGACAUCUUGCAAAAUACAUUAGCUGAAAAUGACACACCCUAUUAUGAUGCAUCCAGGAAUGCCAGACAUGCUGAUGGAGUUUUCACCAGUGACUAUAGUAGACUCUUGGGUCAAAUUUCUGCCAAAAAAUACCUUGAGUCCCUUGUUGGAAAACGAGUUGGCAAUGACAUCUCAGAAGACCAGGGACCGAUCAAACGCCAUUCGGAUGCAGUCUUCACUGACAACUAUACCCGCCUCCGAAAACAAAUGGCUGUGAAGAAAUAUUUGAACUCAAUUCUGAAUGGGAAGAGGAGUGUUGAGGGAGAAGCUCCUGACAUUUUCGAAGAGCUAGAAAAAUGAUGAGAAA